ACCACUUUGCUGCCCGCUUCUCCCCUGCCCCCCUCCAGUUAAAGGAUCAGAGAAUCCAGGCACCACUAGUAGUUUCUUAAGAGCAUAAAAAGAACAGAAGUAGCUGAUGAUGUAAGGCCUCCAGUAUUUGCCUUUGGGAGUGGGGAGCUGAGACUCAGGAGCCAAACAGCUGCUAAAGUCUUGGGAGGCUGGUCAGGGCUUCAGUUCUUCAGGAGGAGCUCUUCAAAGUCCUCUGCAAAGUGCAACUGUUCUCAGCUAUGUUCUCCCUGCUCAACUCAAUGGGCACAUGGGCUGUUGCUGGAACACUUUGCCAGAAGGAGAUUGUAAAGUAUUCAUUGAAACACAUACCUCUCAAUCCUCCCAUUAAAAUCAGUUAAUCCAUUUUUUCCCUCAUGUAACUAAAGGAGAUGUAGGACUGUUAAACCAACAUAACAGAAGCUUCAGUGCUCAAUUUACUGUUAUUUUCCCCCAAAGCGUGGAUCCACAGAUGUGCAUUUGCCACGUCGGAUCUCUAAACCUGAUAAAAAAUGGUUAGUUUUCUAAAAGGAUAAAAUUCACCGAGAGGCAUAAGGACAGUGAAAGUCCCCUGGUGCAAUAUAGCCACUGUAACUGUGUAUCUGAGAGUAGAGUUUGCCUUAUUGUUUAUAUGAAGCACAGCAACUGGUGUCUACCUAUAGCAGAGCAAAUAGGUGGUAUUUUAAUGCUGUGCUGUCGUGCAAUGAAAAGUUUGAGUGCUAAAUUCUGUUCUUGAAUGCAGAGACAUGCCUUUAACUGGGCAUCCAAGAGCCAAAAUUAGCCCUAAAUAUGUGAAAUUUGGCCUUACAUAGAACAGGGGAGAGGCUGAUAAGGACUGAUUUAUGAAUAACUGUUUUUUUUUAAAUGAUCAUAUACAAUUGUUUUCUCAUUGGAAAGCACCACAUACGUCAGCUGUUUUAGACUUGACAAAACAUACAGAAGUUACCAUUACAGAAGACUCAGAAGAUGAUUAUCAAUAUGAAGAGGUUCCAGCAGAUGAUGAUUUUAGUCUCCUGGAAGGUGAUGAAGAUCUGGUAAAGGCUUUGCAGACAAUACAGGAGCAGGCUGAAGAUGCACAAAUUAUAGCUCAGCGAUCUGUUCUGACUUCUAAGCAUUCAGUGUCUGAAACACCUGAAGUUGUGGAUGACUUUCUUUGCAAUUUCCUGGUCAGAAUGGGGAUGGCUAGAACCCUUGACUGCUUCCAAACUGAAUGCACUCCUCAGUUUACAAAGAGUCGGUUGCGUUUCCGCCUUUGGGUGAAAGAUGGGCUGUCUCCAAGUACUUUGCGGGACAGGUAUGAACUGAUGCAGAAAGGUGCAAUUGAAUGUAAAGAUAUUGGAUUUGUCCCAGAUAUGUACACCUACAAUCAGCAUUUGGAGAUGGAGAACAGAAGAUUAAAGAAGGAAUUGGAAAACUAUAAACUGGCUGCCAGCAAAGCUAAGGAGGCUCUGCAAAAAAUACAGAAAGAACGUGAUUUCCAUCGAAUGCACCAUAAGCGAGUGGCCCAGGAAAAAAACAGGCUCAUUAGUGAUAUUAAAAGGCUGAAGGCACAUUAUGCAUCAUAUGAGCCAAUGUUGAAGCAGUUGACUGAAAAAUACCAGACUAUACUGAGACAGAAAAUGCUAACCAGCUUGGAGAGAGACAGAGCAGUUGGUCAGGUUACAGGUUUACAAGCUACAUUACAAAAUUUAGAAUCUGGGCGUGCCAUUGAGAUCCCUGUGACUGGAGCAGGUCAUAGGUGUGAAAGGGAGGAUGGAAGACAGGGUCCUACACAGAAAGCUGUUCAAGAAAACAGGGAGCAAAAAUAUCUGUAUGCUGGCGUUGCUCCAUAUGAUCCUGCCAAAGAUCCAACAAAGCAGAAGGGCAAGAGGUAUUCAAAGGAUUCAGAAUUUCCCAUAGAUACUCAAGUGAACCCUUAUCUUUCUCGUGCCAAGGAAUGCACCCGACCAUUGAAAUCUGGAGUAUACAGGCUGAGCAGCACUUUAAAAGUCCAUGAUCUAGCAGUCAGCUGUUUGGCUUUGCAUCCUCGGAAAGACAUUGUGGUAACUGCAAGUGAUGACCGCCUCUGGAAGAUGUGGGCCUUUCCUAAUGGGAACAUCAUUAUGACAGGUGAAGGGCACACUGAUUGGCUUUCUGGCUGCUGCUUCCAUCCAAGUGGCACCAAACUGGUCACUUCAAGUGGAGACACAACAGUACGGAUAUGGAACUUCACAAAGGGUGAAUGUAUUCUGACUUUCGAAGGACACAGCCGUGCAGUCUGGGACUGCUCGUGGCAUUCCUGUGGAGAUUUUGUGGCUUCUGCUUCCAUGGACAACACCAGCAAAAUAUGGGACAUUAACAGUGAGAGAUGCAGAUACACCUUGCGUGGACAUAAGGAUUCGGUCAAUAGUAUAGAGUUUCUUCCAUUCUCCAACACCAUUCUCACCAGCUCUGCAGACAAGACCCUAUCUCUCUGGGAUGCCAGAACAGGCCUCUGUGCUCAGACUUUCUAUGGUCACCUGCAUUCCUGUAAUCAUGCUACAUUCAACAUGAAGGGUGACACCAUUGUUUCCUGUGACUCCUACGGUGUGAUGAAGUUCUGGGAUGUUCGGAGGGUAACACCAAUGGUAUCUAUAGAUGCAGGCCCCCAUCCUGGCAAUCAGGUGGUCUUUGACCCAUCCGGUCACGUCGUGGCCCUGGCGAGCAACGACGGCACGGUGAAGACUCUGGAGCUCAAGUCGGGGCAGCUUUCCAGCUUGGUGGGCCACGAGGAGGAGGUGCAGAGCGUUGUCUUUGAUCACAAGGCGGAGCACCUGCUUUCGGGGGGCUCGGAUGGAACUGUUCGACUCUGGAGCUGAGUGAGCCCCCCUGGAUGUCAUCUCAGGUUGGGGGGGAUGCUUGGACACCAUGCCAGCAGCGAUCCACCAGCUAAAUGCCUUCGCCCUCAUUGUUGGCUGAGCUGUAAUUGCGUGAAAUGCAUCUAACUCUGCCUCUGAUCCAAAUAAAAUCCCGAAUGUCUCUCUGUGCUGAA